AUGUUCCAUUAUAAACGCGGCAAGGAUCCUCAACCUGUUCCCAGCGAAGCCACAAUUCUGUCUUCAGACCAGAGCAUAUGUACAGAUCACAUGAUCGUUGCGUCCUGGAGGCAUGGCCUGGGAUGGUCCAAGCCUGAGUUGAAGCCCUACGGCCCGCUUAGCCUGCUGCCAACCGCAUCCUGCCUUCACUACGCUACCGAGUGCUUCGAGGGCCUGAAGGCUUACAGAGGCAACGACGGCUUGCUCAGAGUGUUUCGUGUCGAGCAUAACGUUGCUCGUCUAAGAACCUCGGCCGCCCGGAUUUCUCUCCCUACAUUCGAACCCGAAGAGGUCAAGAAACUUGUUUUCGGCCUGUUAUCGGUGGAUGCUGCCCGCUGGCUCCCUAAAGAACAGGCUGGCGACUUUCUGUACGUUCGCCCCCCGAUCAUUGGUACUUCGCCCCAGCUGGGUGUUCAAGCGCCAAAGGAAGCGAUGUUCUUCAUCGUUCUGGCCUACAUGCCUCGCCUCGAUGUACCACCGGGGGGUAUGCGACUUUACUCGUCCCCGAAAGACACCGUACGGGCCUGGGUCGGUGGCUUUGGGUACGCAAAGAUCGGAGCCAACUAUGGGCCUUCAAUCUUGGUUCUGCAGGAAGCUAGCGCACGAGGGUAUCAUCAAGUCUUGUGGCUCUACGGAGAAGAUGGUGAAUGCACCGAAGCUGGCGGGUGCAACUUCUUCGUUGUGUGGGUACGCAAGGAUGGCAAGACGGAGCUCGUUACUGCGCCCCUGGAUGAUAAGACGAUCCUCGAUGGCGUUACGAGACGAAGCUGCCUUGGACUUGCGAGGGAAAGGCUUGGCGAGGAGAUUGAGGUCACAGAGCGCAAGUUCACAGUCGCUGAAAUCAUGGAGGCUGCAGCUGAAGGUCGUCUCUUGGAGUCGUUUGCCGCAGGUACUGCUUACUUCAUUUCAGCAGUUUCCCAAAUUCACUACCGAGGGCAUGAUAUCAAUGUGCCAAUGGGUAACGACGGGAAGGGAGCGAAAGUCACGACCACUAUCAAAAGAUGGCUCACCGAGAUCAUGUACGGCGAUACUGAGCACCCGUGGGCUACGGUUGUCUCUACUUCUUGAAAGCGAAAAGCUGGGAGUCGCAAGAGGGCAAUCCACACUAGGAUACAGUAGCUAGCUAGGUACAAUAGACAAUACAUGGGAUAGACUUGACGAAAUGAAUACUGGCUGGCACCAGUUUCAUCAUCUUUGUUGUCAAGUUAUGUCGAGG